UAGGCAUAUCCAACAAUGAUUUCCCUUCCCAUGCGUAGAGAAGCAGAUAUUUACCACUCGUGCCGGCGCUAUCUUAGCGUUUCAUUCAUUGUUUCAUUAGCGCCUGUAGCUGUUUACACCUUAGGUAUUUACGAACUUGUAAUGUGUCAAUUAGAUUACUAGGUGCACCGGUUUUUUCAAAAUGUGAUUCGAGGAUCGAAAUGUAAACCUAAGUUACUGCCUAGUUCAUCAUUCGUUUAUACGCGAUGUACUUAUGUGUUCGAAAUUUUGAAAAUUUACUUGCGUGCUCGAGAUUUAAUUACGUUCAAGUGUCAUGCGGCGGAUGCGAUUUGAGAAUAAUCGAUACGUGAGAGCGUAUCGAGAUUUUUUUACGUGUAAUUUGUUAUUUAUUUGUGCCAUAUUUUGUAAUGUGUUUGUUGAGAAUUUCGCGGCCAGCCGGCCUCAUAUUGUCUUCAUUAUGGUCGACGAUGCAGGUUGGAAUGACUUCAGUUUUCAUGGUUCAGAUCAAAUAAUAACCCCAAAUAUAGACGCUUUAGCAUAUAAUGGAUUAAUUUUAAAUAAUUUAUACACGCAGCCAGUAUGUACGCCAUCAAGAGCAGCUCUAAUGACAGGAAAAUAUCCCAUACAUUUAGGUAUGCAAGGUGCUCCAAUACUAGCCGCAGAACCAGUAGGAUUACCACUAACAGAACGAACAAUGGCAGAUUAUCUUCGAGAUCUUGGUUACACAACCAGAGCAGUUGGGAAAUGGCAUUUAGGAUUUUAUCGCCGAGAGUAUACUCCCAGAUUCCGAGGAUUCAAUAGUUUUUUCGGAUAUUACGGCGGUUUCAUCGGAUACUACGAUCAUAUUUUACAAGACGUGUACGAAAACAUCGGUGAUUUUGCUGGAUACGAUUUAAGGAGAGAUGAAGCGUCGGCUUGGCAAGAAGCAGAAGGUGUCUACGCUACCGAUUUGUUCACCAACGAAGCUGUCAAUAUAAUCAACAACCAUAAUGCCGAAGAACCUUUGUUUUUGUAUUUCGCUCAUUUAGCAGCUCAUGCUGGAAAUACUGGUAAACUGUUGGAAGCGCCGGAAGACGAGAUUAGGAAAUUUCAACAUAUUAUUGAUCCGAAUCGACGAACUUAUGCUGCGAUGAUUUCAAAAAUAGACGAAAGUGUUGGCGACUUGGUCGAAGCUUUGGAAAAUAAAAAAAUGCUGAAAGAUACAAUUAUCGUAUUCAUGUCUGAUAAUGGAGCACCCAGCGUACGAAAUGGCACACCCACUACAAGGGAGUUCCCGAAUUGGGGUUCCAAUUUCCCAUUCAGAGGAACUAAAGGAACACUGUGGGAAGGAGGAGUACGAAGUCCUAGUUUUAUAUGGUCAGCAGCUCUGCAACAAAACCCACGAGUAUCCACAAACUUGAUGCAUGUCAGCGAUUGGUUACCUACUUUGUAUGCAGCAGCAGGAGGAAAUCCUCUAGAUUUACCCAACAAUUUAGACGGAGUCAAUCACUGGUUUACAUUAACAUUGAAUCUGCCCUCUCGUCCUAGAUCAACAGUUCUGAUCAAUAUAGACGAAAGAAAUCGUAACGCUGCGACUCGCGUUGAAAAUUGGAAAUUAAUAAUCGGAACCACUCUAAAUGGCCAAUUUGACGGAUACUACGGCGACUCUUGGGAUAUUUUCGACGGAUACCGGACAACGUACAAUAUAACCGCGGUUAUCGGUAGCAAAAGUGGAAAAGCUGUAUCCGGCAUAGCUAACGAAUUAUUUCUACCGGUGGCCAACGAAAUCGACAUGCAAAAUAGAAGAUCUCAAGCUACGAUAAGAUGCGAUUCGGCAUCUCUGUGGCCGACAGGAACUACCGGCAAUGUGUUAUCGUGUCAAGUUACUCCUUGUUUGUUUAACAUAGAUAACGAUCCUUGCGAAAGAAACAACGUAGCCAGACAGUUUCCUUCCAUAACGACGCAACUUUACGAUAUACUGAAAUUUCACAGGUUAUCCUUGGUACCGCAAAUUAACCAAGCUGUGGAUGCGUUCAGCGCUAAUCCCAAGCUAUUCAAUAGUACCUGGUCUACGUGGAGAACUUAAUUCGUAAUUGAUGAUUUUUUUUCUCACAGUGUCUUCUGAGCCGAGUUCCUAUGUAAUUUUAAAAAUUAAAAUUUUUUCCGAGUGUUUGAAUCAA